UUACUUCCGGUUUUGACCGCCCCUGGGUAAACUUAUUUCCGGUAAAAACAAUGGCAGCGCAGUCGAGGAGCAAGGCGUUCUGCUGUGUACCAAAGUGCAGCAAUUCAAAGCAAAAGCAACCAUACAUGAGUUUUCAUGAGUUUCCCACUAACGACAUGCAAAGACAAAAGUGGGUACAUGCAAUUCGACGAGACGAAGGGCCGAAGUUUGAUAUUAGAAGGGCAAGUACGUUAGUCUGCAGUCAACACUUCACUGCUGCUGACUUCAUCCAGGGUAGUUGUCGCUUAAAACCUGGAGUUAUUCCAAGUCGCUUUCAGUGGAACAAUUUCCAUGUACAGCCACAAAAGCAGUCUGCUUUUGAGAGGUCAAGUGCUCGUCUAGGAGUAGAUGUGCGUGCCCCGAAAACUGUGGAUCUGCAGAGUAACGACUCAGAAGUUAUCGUCAAGGACCAUGACUACGCUGCAUACCCCCCUCCUGGUGCUUUGGAUGAAGCCUUGGAAUACAUAGCAGAGCUGGAGGCUAGGCUAAAAAAAAUUUCACUGGAGACACCAACUGUGUUCAGUAGGUUUUGUGUGUCUGAUCACACAAUUCGCUACUACACCAGGUUUCCCUCACAGGAAGUAUUCCAGGUUUUCUGGGAGUCUGUUUGUCCAUCUGCCACAAACCUUAUGUACUGGACAAAAGCACAAAGAAUGGGUCAGGAAGCUUCCCCUACACCAAGUCCUGCACGCAAAAUUCAGCUCAUAGAUGAACUGUUCAUGUACUGUUGCCGCGUAGCUGCUGGCCUUAGGGAGAGAGUAAUUGCUGACAUCUUUGGUGUAAGCAUGGCCACAGUAAGCAGGACAGUCAUCACAUGGGCAAAUUAUCUUUAUUUUGUUUUAGGCUCUGUUCCCAUUUGGAUGUCAAGGGAACAAAUAAGCUCUUCCAUGCCUGAGAAGUAUAGUUCAUUCAGUCCAAAUGUCAGAGUAAUCCUGGACUGUACAGAAAUUUUCUGUGAGAGUCCCACAUCUCUGACACUCCACUCAGAGAUAUUCUCUAACUACAAGAGCACAACAACAUUUAAAGGACUCUUGGGAGUGGCUCCAUGUGGUGCAGUAACAUUCAUCUCUCGUCUGUACACUGGCUCAAUCUCUGACAAAGAGAUUACAAGGAGGUCUGGCAUCUUGAGUCUACUUGAACCUGGAGAUGAGGUGAUGGCUGACAAAGGCUUUACAAUUGGGGACAUGAUCACCAAUGUUGGUGCUACACUAAUAAUUCCACCGUUCAAGCGUGACCGGCAGUUCAGCAAGACAGACUGUCAAAAAACACAAACCAUUGCACGGCUCAGAAUUCUGGUGGAAAGAGUAAUACGACGAGUUAAAGAAAACCACAUCUUCGAUUCUGCUGUACCACUAAGCUUGUCAGGAACAAUUGACCAGAUCUGGCAUAACUGCUGCUUCAUGGUAAAUUACCAGGGACCAAUGUUUUUGGAGCAUUAAAUGAGCCAGAUUUCUGCAUCUUCUGUG